AACUUCUAUAAGACACAAAGCUAAGAGUGGCAUAAGUAAAACCCUUAAACCCCUAAAGAGUAGAAACUACUAACAAAGUCAAAACCCUUUGUUCGGUUAGACUGACAACAAGUAUGUCUUCCUCCCAGCUCUACCGUCGCCUCCAUGGCAUCUUCGCCACUUCUCUAUCUGCUGCAUCUACAGCAACACAAACCAACACUGUCAAAGCCUCAGCCAAAAACGCAAAAACCAAAGAGCGUAGAAUCCAAAAAGCUGUCGACAGCUUCAAGAAAUCCUCCGAGUCUGACCGCUUUCGAGCCAGGCACAGCAUCUAUGAGUCCACGGUUCGACGCCUCGCCACUGCCAAGAAGUUCUCUAUGAUCGAAGAGAUCCUAGAGGCCCAGAAGAAGUACCCAGAAAUCGCCAUUGAAGGCUUUGCCAUCCGUCUCAUUUCCCUGUAUGGGAAAGCCGGCAUGUUUGAUCAUGCCCACAAGGUGUUUGAUGAAAUGCCUGACCUGAAUUGUCCUCGUACGGUUAGGUCCUUCAAUGCCCUUUUGGCUGCUUGUGUUAGCGCGAAGAAAUUCGAUAAAGUUGAUGAGAUUUUUAGAGGAUUACCGCCCAAAUUGUCAAUAGAAGCAGAUUUGGUCUCGUAUAAUGUUGUUAUUAAGGCAUUUUGUGAGAUGGGUUCUUUGGAUACUGCGCUUUCAAUGUUUGAUGAGUUGGAGAAGAAUGGGAUGGAGCCUGAUUCAUUUACAUUCAAUACUCUGCUCGAAGGGUUUUAUAGUAAUGGCAGAUUUUUGGAAGGAGAGAAGAUAUGGGCUAUGAUGGAGAGAAAGAAUGUUGUUCAUAAUAUUAGAAGUUACAAUUCAAGGUUGCGAGGAAUGGUUAAUGAGAACAGGAUAUUAGAAGCAGUGAAGUUGAUCGAUGAAAUGGGGAGCAAGGGAAUUGAAGCUGAUGUGAUCAGUUAUAAUGCUUUGAUUAAAGGGUUUUGCAAAGAUGGGAAAUUGGAUGAAGCGAAGUGGUGGUAUAAUGAAAUACAAAAAAAUGACUGUAGUCCUGACUGGGUUACUUAUAUGACCCUCAUUCCAUGUCUUUGUGAAGAGGGUGAUUUCGAUAUGGCUCAUGAGCUAUGCGUGGAGGUUAUCAAACAAAGGUUGCGCAUUGAUAUAGCGUUACUGAGGCGUGUGGUAGAUGGAUUGGUCAAGGAGACAGAGAUUGAAAAAGCUAAGGAGCUUGUGGAACUGGGGAAGUCAAAUAAGUAUUUCCAUUUCAAACUAGAAUUGUCUCUGGACAAGUAGUUGCUCUUUUGAUUUUGCCUUUCCAAUUCUGUUUUUACUCUUUAUGAGAUUUUGCAUAUGUAUAACCUUGGCUGAUGGUGAUGACAUUGCUGGACUAGGAUUGUAAUACUGAUACCAGGUUUACCAUGAUGUGAAAAUGUUAUCUUAGCCUUGUUAUUUUGGCAUUUGUACGCUAUUCAAUCUUCAAUGAUUAAAUAUCUAUAUUGCUGGAAAA